AUGUGGGUUGGGUCAGUGAACCCGCUGGCGUCCGCUGAUGAUGAUGAUGAUGAUGAUGGCGGACCGCAGCAGCUCCUCUUCCUCUUGCAGAUGAUGAGUGGAGACUUCAGCGCCGCCGCCCCGUCCCUCCGCUUCCCCCUGGGCUCCAGGAUCCCCAUCAGAGCCGCAGUGCAGUCUGGAGGCCCCGGGCCCCUGAGGCUCUUCAUAGAGAGCUGUGUGACGGCCGCUGAUGCGGAGCUGAGCCGCAGCACUACUGUCCAGCCGGUCAUCAGCAACAGCGGGUGUCUGCUGCUGGGUAACUCCAGUUUUGCCCCCCGCCGCCGGCCGGAUGAGCUGCUCUUCUCUCUGCAGGCGUCUGCGCUCGCUGUGGGACAGAAGAUCUUCCUGCACUGUGAGCUGAAGGCGUGGGACGACCAGAGCCUGAAUGUCCAUGGGAAAGCCUGCCACUACAUGCAGACGCAGCACAGAUGGGUGCUCCUGGAUGAUCCAGCCCAGAGUUAUGCCUGUUCCUGCUGUGACUCCACCUGCUCUCAGAGAGACACUGCUGAAGGUGUAACCACACACAGAGUUGUGGGUCCGUUUAUAAUCGUGGAUGAGAGCGGAUCUGAGAACGGCGCAUCACGGGACACACACUCCAACCCUGAACACGGUCUCAGUGAGGCUCCUCUGUGGCUGCUGGUGCUCUCGGUGUCCGCUGCUCUGAUCAUCAUCACCGCUGUUCUGGCCUUCAGUUAUUACCUGUGCUUCUGGAGAGGAGGACGCCUGGGCUACCGACCCAGCAGAGACCUGCUCAGCAAAUACUGACCCAACAGACCAAACACUGACCCAGCAGAGACCUGCUGACCCAAUCUUGCAAUAAACAUUCAGAAUUAAUUUCUCAGUGU